AUGCAAAAUAAACAAGCAGGGUUAGAAAGUGUUUAUUUUAAGGAAAGAAAUGUUCAUUCUGAUAAUAAAGAAGGAACUUCUUUUGAAAAUUCACAGAAUGAGGAUUUUGGAAAUAAAGGUAAAUUGCCAAUUGUUUACGAAGGGAACAUACAUUUUGAAGGAAAUCCUUCUUAUCAAAAGGAAGAAAGUAAAGACGAAACAGAAACUUGUGUGGAUGAGCAAAACCAAACUGUGGUAGAAGAGCCAAAUAAAAUUCCUGAGAAUUGCAUGAAUCAGAUAGAUUUGAAUGAGUAUCCUUUUGAUUUGAACGAGAAACCUGAGGACGAAGAUGAAGAUGUUUGUUAAGAAAGAGAUAUAUUUGAAAAACUUUAGACAACUUUGUAUA